CUUCCGCUUCGCAUACGUCAUUUCAGUGAAAAUUGGGUUGGCGAAACUGACGUGGCAUUGGCCAAAAAUCUUCAUUUACGUUGCCACGGAGAUACUGUGAAGAAAUAUUUGUCAUAAAGGAUAAUUUCGAUACUCUUACGUUCCAAAAUAUUUGUAAAUUUUUGUGUCAUUUGUCGAAUUUAGACUUAGUGAUCCAUAAUGGGUUUAACCAUCUCGAGUUUGUUCAAUCGUCUGUUUGGAAAGAGAGCGAUGAGAAUUCUUAUGGUUGGGCUAGAUGCUGCCGGUAAAACAACAAUCUUGUACAAAUUGAAGCUUGGAGAAAUCGUAACAACUAUUCCCACAAUUGGUUUUAAUGUGGAGACUGUAGAAUACAAGAACAUCAGUUUUACAGUGUGGGAUGUCGGCGGUCAAGACAAAAUCCGACCUCUGUGGAGGCACUACUUCCAGAAUACUCAUGGUCUCAUAUUUGUUGUGGAUAGCAAUGACAGAGAAAGAGUAGAAGAGGCCAGAGCAGAAUUAACUAAAAUGUUGGAAGAGGACGAGUUAAGAGAUGCCAUUUUGUUAGUGUUUGCCAACAAGCAGGACCUGCCUAAUGCCAUGGCAGCCUCGGAGGUCACAGAAAAACUUGGACUUGGUGCAUUAAGGGGACGAAAGUAUUUAAGACCAAAGUCCUUUAGAACAUCCCAAUCUAUACAUAGUCCAAAUGAUUGGACUAGCCCUGAAUUGAAGGAAAUAGAUAGCCUACUACGAUGCCCGAUUUGUUACGACUUCAUGCACACUGCCAUGAUUCUACCAGAUUGUUCACAUACAUUCUGCUCGUUUUGCAUCAGACACCAUUUAUCCCACACCAACAAAUGUCCAGUCUGUAAUAACUCGGCUUGUGAAAACAAUCUAAGAAACAACAGACUGGUGGACGACUUGAUUGUGGAGUUUAAAUCCGUCAGGUCUCAUUUAAUGGAGAUAACACAGGGGCUCGCAACUGAAAGAAAAGGUGGGAGUGGCAGACAUGUGAACAAGAGCAUAUCACAAGAAAUGACUCAAAAUGAAGUUUCACUGAAAAAGAAAACUGCCUCAAAGGAUGAUAUAAUUGACCUUGUAUCGGAAGAUGGGGACGAGAAUGGGAAUACUUGUGUGGAUACGGGAUCUAGAGAAAAUAAGGAGAACAUUGGAGUGGUGGAUCAAGGUCUUCACACUCCAAGAGCCAAGUCUGGCAUACAGCUCUCAGAUGUGGACAAGAUGGGAGAAUUCUCGUCUCCGAGGAGCCAGGACUCCUCUUUUGAAGGCUUUUUAUCACCUUCUCAAAGGAAAAUGGUACCGUGUCCUGUCUGUGGGAUAUCUCUAAGACAAAAUGCCGUCAAUGAACACCUUGACAUAUGUCUGGGAGGAGAGGAAAGAAAAUCUGCACUGAGAAAACAAAUGCCUAAAAGAAAACCAAUUGCUAAGUUAGUGUACAAUCUGAUGUCAGAGAAAGACAUCAAGAGAAAGCUCAAAGAAGUCGGACUGUCAACUACAGGGGAGAAAAAAGCUUUGGUCAGAAGACACCAUGAUUUUGUGAUGUUGUAUAAUUCUGAGUGUGAUUCGUUAAAGCCCCGAUCAGUCCAAGAUAUUGUAAAGGAAGUGGAGAAAACAGAAGCCGUCAGACACAGGACCAGGAAAGACGGCAACAGACUUGUUAUAGAGAAAAACAGCUCUCCUGCCUCUAUUGAGAAGGCUCAGAAACAUUACAUGAAAAAGCACAAGUCCCAUUUCUCCUGCUUGAUAGAAGAGACCAGGAAAAGAAUGAGAGAACAAAAAGAAAAUAGGAAAUCAUUGAAAGAAAGAAGGCAGAAUGAAGAAAGUCAGUCUGAGACCUCUGUAGCUGUAGGCUGUAACACAGGAAUGGAGCUAACACGAAGCGAAUCUGAUUGUGAGAUGAGGAGGAAGACACCUGGUGGGUACAAGAGAAACAAAGGGGCAGUAACUGGAGGAACACACAGAGACACAGGGACGUCAGGAAAGGGUGAACAGAAUGUUGUUGUCUCCUCACAAAGUGAGACUGAAAGUGGUGGACGGUCAAAUAGAAAGAAAAGAAAAUCUCAACCAGAUACUGCAGCAGAAGAUACCAGUGAUUUUGAAAUAGUUUCACUACAGAGUGAUUCUGAAAGUGAAAGUAGACAUUCAGAGAAACGGAAAGGCAAACCUGAUGUCGGUGUUCAAUUGAAGACAUCAGGAAGCAGCAUUCAAAAAGGUCUGAUAAAUAGUAAUGGUAACAAUGAAAGAGAAGGAAAUUUGACUACAUCAGAUACUUUUGGAGGAGUUGGAAAUGUAACCUCAGAUAAGAAUGAUACUUCUCAAGUGUUAGCUCAAACUGAAGCGCAUGCUGAUUUAAGGAAGAAAUCACGGAGGAACCGAAGUAAAGAAAGUAACAGUAAAAGUCAGUCCAAAGACAAUCAAAGCAUUCAGGACACGGAAGAAUCUGGACAGGGGAGAACUCGAAGCAGAAAUAAACACACUGCUGGCAAGGCAGAUAACUCUGCAUAUGAGUUGACAGAUGUGAAGAAAUCUGACGACAACCAGGCUGACGUUGGUGAAACUGAUGUACAAAAAAGACGAAGAAGAACUAGACGUGUGUACGAUAAACCUGUUUCCAGUUCUGGUUCUUCUAGGAGCAAGAAAACCUAUCGAGAUGCAGAAAUAGAGGAUAUUUCUAGCGUUUGCAUGAAAAAGGCUGAAAUCGUACCAGAGGAGGGGUGGAAAGAGCUGAAUCACGACCCAAGUGAAGGAAGGUUUUCCAUUAAACCUGCUCUGCUUGAAAACGAAGACAAUUCACCCACUUUUGAGGUUGAAAAAAGCAACACAAGUACCGUUUGGAAUGAUGAAAAAAGGACUACACGCAAAAGGAACAUCAAAUCAGCAAGUAGCAGUAGAGAGAAGGAAAUGGUGGACGGUGAAGUAAAUAAACCUCUUCCUGUAGUUCCAGACCAUGGGAAUAAAACGGACUGUUUUAUUACAACUGUACCUGUGGACUUCAGUAAAGUCAAAUGGACUGAAGACGAGAAGGAUGAGCAAUCCAGGCUACAGAAACAGUUUCUGGGAAGUCUGUUACGGAUUCCGGAAGUAAACAACGCAUCCAGCACUGCAGCUGACGGUGAGGUGGAAAUCCCCCCACACAGCGACACCGUGGAGGAAACCGGAGGAGGAAAGGGAACACAGCCACUAAAAACACCAAGUGGGAAGUCAGAACCUUUGUCUUCUGAAGGACAGUGUGAGCAGAGAAGAGAGGCAGAAACAGAUUACAAAGAUGAAGAUGAAAGUGCACAUGUAAAUGAGACCCCUGUAAAGGAUUUGGAUGUGGCAAACUUUUCCACUAUGUGGGCAGCGUUAAGUGGAGAGGUGGAUAUGUCCAGGGCUCGCCAUUUCUCUAACAUGUCUACUCAGAGUGACAAGUCCAGCUACAGUGAUCUGUCUGCUGUCAUCUCUCCUGUCAAUAGUGAAAGGGGUAUCGGUAUCCCAGGAGAAAAAAGAAGUCUACGAACAUCAGCUAGAAGGGAAAGAGUGGAACACCCCAAGAACAGGAAGAGAAAAAGAGACUGCCAGUCCAUCUCUAGAAAGCGUAGGCGUAGAUGAUGAUGGUGUCGGCUUCCAGUGUUUACGAAUAUCACAGCACUAAACAUUCACCAGUAUAAAUACUGUGCAUGAUGCGUAUGCAUAAAAUUCGGAACAAAACGUUGUUACUUGUAUAUAUUUUGGAUAAAGUUAUUGAACUGAUCAGGUAUGUUCGUUUAUAUCUGUAAAGUUUGUUGUAAAUCAGCAAUAAUCCUAACUGUCUUAGAUUGGGAAUGGUCUUGGAUUGCCAAAUGAUUGUGUAAAAACAUACAAUAUUGAGAAGAUAGAGAGUUUUGUUAUUGAUUUUGAGAAAUUGGGAGUGUCUGAAAAGAUGACAAUUAUACACUUUAAUUAUUUAUUGUUCUAGUCUCUUGCUUUAAAGUCAGGGUUGCGUAUUACAUGUAGUAAUUUAAUCAUUUCUAAGGUUUGUUAUUCUUAUAUUGUAAUGUGAAGUCCUAUCAAGAUUAAUUUGUUAGAAAACUAUAUGGCACUGACUUACUGACUCUGGUGGUAAAGUUGACCUUUACCUUUUCAUAAAUUCAGAUUUCUGUUUUAUUCAGUUCGUUGUAAAGGUCUGCUAUUAAAUAAAUAAAACAUUCUGAC